AUGAGAGUUCAUACGGGGGAGAAGCCAUAUGCAUGUGAAUACUGUUCUAAGACAUUUACUCAAGCUUCGGGAAUAAAGAGACAUUUAAGAGUCCACACUGGAGAAAAGCCGUACUCGUGUGAAUAUUGUUCCGCUGCCUUUUCUCAUGAUUCAAGCUUAAAGAGACACAUGAGAACUCAUGCUGUUGAUAAACCGUACGGCAAUGAAGAGACAUUUAAGGGUCCAUACUGGAGAAAAACCGUACUCCUCUUAAAAACACAUAUGCGAGCCCAUGCAGGAGUUUUUCAAGCUGAAGAAUCGAAUUUGAAAGUACCGACUGGAGAAAAUCUCUAUUCCUGCGAGUUCUGUUCAAAAACAUUUCCGUUUGUGAAAUAUUUAAAGAAUCAUAUGAGAAUUCAUACUGGCGAAAAACCAUAUGUGUGCAAACAUUGCUCUAAGACAUUCUCUUUUUCACAUAUGAGAGUUCAUACUGGUGAAAAACCCUAUGCAUGUGAAUACUGUUCUAAGACAUUUGCUCAAGCUGAAACAUUGAAGGCACAUUUAAGAGUCCAUACUGGAGAAAAACCGUUCUCGUGCGAGUGUUGUCCAAAGACCUUUUCUCAAGCAAUAAUUUGGGCUGCAUGA